AUGUUUCUGAUAAUAUUGGGCCUGGUCCUAGCAGCUUUAUUAUCAUGGGUCUACCUUCGCUGGCAAAAUUUGAAGCAAUACUGGGCAAAACGUGGUGUAGCACAUCUACCACCUCAUCCAAUCAUGGGCAGCCUCACCUUUUUGCAGAAAAAGAAUCCGAGUGUAUGGAUGGUUGAAAUGUAUAAAAAGUUCAAGGCGCCAUACAUUGGAAUAUGGUUGUUCUGGAGACCAGCGUUGAUCAUCAAUUCACCGGACCUGGCUAGAAACAUACUCGUGAAGGAUUUCUCCUGCUUCAGGGACCGAUUUCUAAGCUCAGGACCCUCAGAUCCCAUUGGUUCACUUAAUAUGUUGACAGUCAAAGAUCCCCUGUGGUCGACAAUACGACGUCGUUUGACAAGUGCCUUCACUGCCUCCAAGCUAAGGUCUCUACAACCAUUAGUAAACACAAAAGCACGAGAGCUAGUACAACGGAUUAAAAAUACUGAAGACAAGACUAAACUUAGUCUCAGACCUUACCCUCCACAGCAUUUAUUCAGCGACUACACGACUGAUGUGUCUGCUACCGCAGCGUUUGGAGUGGAGACAAACGCAACAUUGACGGGAAAAGAUCCCAUGAGAACGGUGACUGGGGCUUUCAUGAAAUUCGACGUGUUCAGGGGCUUGAGUUGGAUCAGUGUAUUCUUCAUUCCGUCACUGGUUGAUACAUUCAGGUUCACUGUAUUCCCAAAGUGGGCAACGGAUUACUUUACGAAAAUUUACACGAUCGUUUCGGAGCAAAGACUGGAACAGAAAAGAACUGAAGAGCCAAGGGACUUCCUUGACGUGCUGCUUAAGCUAAAAGAAGAUAGCGCAAAGAAUAACGAAGGUGUUUCUGAUGAUGCAAUCUUGGCUCAAGCAGUUAUAUUUCUCUUCGCGGGCUUUGAAACCACUGCCGCUGCUUUAAGUUUCGUUACUUACGAGCUGGCCUAUCAUCCGGAAGUGCAGGAACGAUUAUAUAAAGAACUUCGAGAAUUGAUGGACAAGAGUCCAAAUGAGCAAUAUGACAUGUCGGAACUCGCCGAAUUGCCGUAUCUUAACGCAGUUAUGAAAGAAACUCUAAGAAAGUUCGCUCCAAUGGCCUGGUUAGACCGAGUUGCUCUCGAGGAGUACAAAAUUGAUGAUCACCUAACGAUUCCCGCGGGAACUCCUGUCUACGUCAACUCUAUCGGGAUGCAAUACGACAGCAAAUACUUCCCGGAUCCAAAACAAUUUGAUCCUGACAGAUUUAUGCCCGAAAACGAGGCAAAUUUGACACCAUUUACGUGUAUGCCCUUCGGAGAAGGACCUCGGGGGUGUUUAGGGAAGAGAUUUGGCCAAAUGUCAUUGCGAUAUGGACUAUCGUAUUUGGUGUUAAACUACAAAAUCGUCCCUUUGCCAGGCGCGCCCAAACCAGACGAAGUGGAAAUCGAAAAACGUGGGCUAUCUUUAGUUCCCGGGGAAAAAAUUUUCGUCGAUUUCGUAUCCAGAAUGUAA